UGACGCGCGGCGUUCCGGAAGUUGUCCGGGUCCGGGCGGAGUGGGCAGUGGAGCCGGGACUUGGAGAGGMGGCGCCCGAGGCUGCUCUCCAGGAGCUCCGGCUUUCUAGCGGCGACACAACCCCGGAAGUGGGGUGGCGGGCUCCGGUGCUGUAGUGGCGGCAGACUGCGGCGCGAGCCUCAGCAUUUCUGUUUCAGAUAGCAGCAGCGGCAGCAGCAAUGUUUCACUUCUUCAGGAAGCCUUCAGAAUCCAAGAAACCCUCAGUUCCAGAGGCAGAAGCAGAUGGAUUUGUCCUCUUAGGAGAUACAACAAAUGAAGCAAGGGGUAAAGCUUCAGAAGUGGAAGGCAGCCAACCUUUGGAGACUGGCAAAGAAAACUCAUCCAGUGUGACUGUGGCAGGCCCUGAGACGGAAAAUAAGGCAGGCCAAACUCUGGAGAGCAGCUCACUAAUGGCGGAGCUCCUGAGCGACGUACCCUUCACCUUGGCCCCGCAUGUGCUGGCAGUGCAGGGCACCAUCAGCGACCUUCCUGACCACUUACUCUCGUAUGAUGUCAACGAAAACUUAUCACGAUUUUGGUAUGAUUUUACUCUUGAAAAUUCAGUGCUAUGUGAUUCAUAAUCUUCGUUUACAUCUUAACAGCUUUAAAAUUUUUUUGUGUAUUUAAUCUGUUUUAUGUUUUUUGCCAUUGCACUCUUUGAAGGCCUUCAGAAAAGCAAGGAUCAUAAACCAAAUAAAAUAGCAUCAUGUUCAUUGUUUUAUAUAUUAGAAUAAUGUACAUUUGUAUAAAAAUUGAAUUCCAGUUCUACUUACCUUCCCCCAUGUCAUAAAUACAAAACUGAAGCUAUCCAUUUUAUAAAAGAUUGCUUCAGUUGGCGUCUCAAAAUACAACACUGUGAAAAAGAACUCGGGCAUUUUUCUUGGUUACCACAACUCUGAGUUGAAGAGAGAGUGUGAAGUAUCUUUGGUUCAGAGGAAGCUUGAGUUCAUAUUAUUAGAUUCUUCUUCCACAGUGUUUAUGAAUGAAUUCUGGGAGGGGAAAAAAGCUUGUUGUUAAUUUCUUCAUUCUUGGUUUAGACAAACUGAUGUGGGAAUGUAAAAAUGAUCAUUUGCUGAAUCAAGAAAAUGUUCUACCUUGAGUGGUACACUUCAGCUUUCUUAGACCUGCAACAGUCCUUUCUACCCCAAAUGAUUUAUUUGUUCUCAGCCUUUUCUGCACUCCCAUGUGUGCUAUCCAGUCAACUUUCCAAAGAACUUUUCCUGCUUCUGCCUCAGUUGGCAUUUGCUCUCCUUACACAUAUGUUCCCAGUGUAUGAAGGGAUCCACAUUUCCUUUUCAACAUCUCUGCCUCCUGAAGAACAUCUCAUGAUAGUAUUUAAUAUUGCUGAUAACUCGCUUAUUUAGAAAUUUGUUGGCCAUGAUACAGAUGGAAAUAUUUUACUAUUAUAAAUACUGAACUCAGUUCUUACACCUAGGUAUGAAUUUCAUUUCUUGGAUAUCUGUCAUUUAUUCCAACUAAAACUGAAGAGAACUGCCAUUUGUCGAUAAAACAUAAAGGGAAGAGGCUAAUUUGGUAGUGAAUCUUCUAUGCCAUGGAAAAUUUAGGUCACAUUUAUUUUUAUUAGUAGCAAUAUGAUUUAUUAAUUCUGUACCAAACCAUUAAAUAUAUUUUUUCACAAAGAUGGAGUGCUGUAGCAAAACUAAAGGUACAUGAAUUAUUCAGAUUUUAAUGUGUUAUGCAUGUUUGUUUAAUAAAUGUGGCAUGGUCUUGAUAAAAUGCUAUAUUAUUUAAAGAACAUUUCUAUUAACAAAAAUGUGCUUCAUUUGCAAAUGUUACCAUGUGAAGUUAAUGAUUAAAUUAGAUAUUUACAUAGUUUUAUAAAACAUCAGUCUAAGAGAUAUAAUUUAUUACUGACAUAAAUGUGAACAUUUUGUAGCACUUUUUUUUAAAGGCAUAUCCUUUUUAAAUCUCCAUGUUAAUGUACUCUUAAAACUAAAUGUAAUCAUGCAGUCAAUUAGUCUAAUAUAUGUGUUAACUCUUAUCUAAAAUAAUUAUACAUUUCACUUUAUAUCUACCAUG